GAGACCUCCACAAUCCACAUUUUUCAAGUCACAGCCCCCUUCUUCUCCCUUCUCUACACACUCAUCUAUCCAUCUUUAUCGUCCCCCCCCUCUCUCUCUCUCUCUCUCUGUCCUGAAGCCCUAGAUUUUCUCUUCCCGAUAUUUUCUCGUCCGAAAUGGCAAACGCUGCAUCAGGAAUGGCUGUCGAUGAUGACUGCAAGCUCAAGUUUCUAGAGUUAAAGACAAAAAGAACUUAUCGUUUCAUAGUCUAUAAGAUUGAGGAAAAGCAAAAGCAGGUUAUGGUUGAAAAGCUCGGCGAACCAGCUCAGAGCUAUGAGGAAUUUUCUGCUCUCCUUCCAGCCGAUGAAUGCCGAUACGCUGUUUAUGACUUCGAUUUUCUCACUGAAGAGAACGUACCAAAGAGCAGGAUAUUUUUCAUUGCAUGGUCCCCUGAUACAGCAAAGGUGAGAAGCAAGAUGAUUUAUGCUAGCUCUAAGGACAGGUUCAAGAGAGAGUUGGAUGGAAUUCAGAUAGAGUUGCAAGCAACUGACCCUACCGAGAUGGGUAUUGAUGUUAUUAGAAGCCGCUCUGGAAAAGCCUGAACACUGAACACUAUGCAAUUGGAGAAUCCUCCUUCCUAUCUGGUUUUUUUUUUUUUUGUUUCAAUGUGAAAUGUCUAUAGCUUAUGAGACAUGAAUUUGUUUUUACUAUUAAUAUUGGGUUUAUGACGUGAUUUGUAAUGUGGAUUUGUUCGUGCCUCAUUUGGGUUUGAUAUACAAACUAAUAUCAUGUGGUGGCUUAUUGGGAACUUUCUUAUAGCCAGUUUGCAUAUACGGUAGCUUUUGCUGUAGUUUGCUACCUGUAAGAAGAGGUUGAAAUUUAACUUUCCUGCCUCAUCAGAAAUUUAUUUCAUUUUUGGUUUUGCGUGGAAA